CUUUCCAGAAGCUGAGCUGUGGCAUGCAGGCGGAUGAAGGGACCGACUGGUUACUCGAACUCCUGACCGAAGUGCAGCUUCAGCAGUACUUCCUCCGGAUCCGCGAUGACCUCAACGUCACUCGCCUGUCGCACUUUGAGUAUGUCAAGAAUGAGGACCUGGAGAAAAUCGGAAUGGGGAGACCAGGUCAGAGACGCCUCUGGGAGGCCGUGAAGAGGAGGAAGGCUGUGUGCAAACGGAAAUCCUGGAUGAGCAAGGUCUUCAGCGCGAAGCGCCCCGACUCGGAGAUGCCCCCGUUGCCCCCGAGUCUCUUGAGUAAGCAGCCGAGCCCGGUGGCCCUUGAGGAGGCGCAGCAACAGGCCCUGACCUGCCUCAUCAGCGAGAAGGACCUGGUGUUGCUGGAGAAACUGGGCGACGGUUCUUUCGGCGUGGUGCGCCGCGGGGAGUGGUGCGCCCCGUCGGGCAAGUUGCUGAACGUGGCGGUCAAGUGCCUGAAGACGGACGCCCUGAACCAGCCGGACGCCCUGGACGACUUCAUCCGUGAAGUCAACGCCAUGCAUUCCCUGGACCAUGUCAACCUCAUCCGCCUCUACGGCGUGGUGCUCUCCAACCCCAUGAAGAUGGUGACCGAACUGGCCCCGCUGGGCUCCCUGCUGGACCGCCUGCGCAAGAACCUGAGCCACUUCCUGAUCGCCACCCUCUGCCACUACGCCAUCCAGAUCGCCCGCGGCAUGGCCUACCUGGAGUCCAAGCGCUUCAUCCACCGCGAUCUGGCUGCCCGGAACAUCCUGCUAGCGGCCAACGACCUAGUCAAGAUUGGAGACUUCGGCCUCAUGCGCGCCUUGCCCAAAAACAACGACCACUACAUCAUGCAGGAGCACCGCAAGGUCCCCUUCGCCUGGUGUGCCCCGGAGAGCCUGAAGACGCGCACCUUCUCCCAUGCUAGCGACACCUGGAUGUUUGGCGUGACCCUCUGGGAGAUGUUCACCUACGGACAGGAGCCGUGGGUUGGCCUUAAUGGCAGCCAGAUUCUGCACAAGAUCGAUAAGGAAGGCGAGCAGCUCCCCCGACCAGAAGAUUGCCCCCAAGAUAUCUACAACGUCAUGUUGCAGUGCUGGGCGCACAAGCCGGAGGACCGGCCCACCUUCGUCGCUCUGCGGGAUUUCCUCCUAGAGGCUCAACCCACGGAUAUGCGGGCUCUGCAGGAUUUUGAAGAACCAGACAAACUUCUGAUCCAGAUGAACGAUAUAAUCACGGUCAUCGAAGGAAGGGCGGAGAAUUACUGGUGGCGCGGCCAGAAUAAGCGGACGCUGAAGGUGGGUCAAUUCCCACGCAACACGGUGACUUCCGUGGCGGGAUUGUCCGCCCACGACAUCAGCCAGCCACUCAAGAACAGCUUCAUCCACACGGGCCAUGGCGACACCAACCCUCAGCAGAGCUGGGGGUUCCCCGAUAAGAUUGAUGACUUGUACCUGGGAAAUCCCAUGGACCCCCCGGAUGUCCUAGGAUUGGAUCUGAACACAGCUAGGCCGACGCAGCUCCCAGGAAGGACAAAAAAGCCCUUGUACGACCCAGUGAACGAGGAAGAGCCCCCCCUGGCGAUCAGCCUCAAGCAACUUUGCCUGAAAAAGAAAGCCGGGUCGGGGGUCCGAGGAGGCCUGCAGGUCCCCAAGCCCUCCGCUUGCGUCUCCGGCACCAAGGUGGGCGAGCGGCUGCUGCUGCCCCACUCCAGAGGGGGCGGCCCCGUCGCGAACGAGGUGACCCUCAUAGACUUUGGGGACGAGCUCCUUCCCGCCAGCCCGUCUCCCGUCGGGGACUUCUGCGCCCCCUCCUUGGCCCGCCUGGCCAUGGAGGCCUUCUCCUUGUUGGACAAGACCCCUCCCCAGAGCCCCACCCAAGCGCUGCCCCGCCCCUUGCACCCCACGCCCAUCGUGGACUGGGACGCCCGGCCUCUGCCUCCCCCGCCGGCCUACGACGACGUGGCCCAAGACGAGGACGACUUUGAGGUCUCCUCCAUCAACAGCACCGAAGGGCUGGUGGGACGGGCGCGGGGCCGAGCCUGGGACAAAGGGGGGGAGCUCAACGGCGGCUUCGCCCCCGAAGGAGACCGCCCGGCUCUCCCCUUGGAGGACAACCUCUUCCUGCCCCCCAAGGAGAACAAGCAACCCAGCCCGGCUCAAACCACGGAGAUCUUCCAAGAACUCCAGCAGGAAUGCAUGAAGCACCUCAAUGUCCCCUUGGGGGGACCUUCCGUGGCCGCCAUCACCAGUCCAGGGGAUGACAAGCCGCAAAUCCCGCCACGCGUGCCCAUCCUGCCCCUCCCGUUCCGCCGGAACGAGCCCAGCCGGUGGUCCGGGGACCUCUCACCCGCUUCCGGAGGAGGAGUAGGGGAGGAAGCCCGCCCGCCCCAGAUCCCUCCGCGAGAUCGGUUGUCCCAACCGGGAUCCAGAACUCCCAGCCCGAGGGCCCUCCACGGCGGGUCUCCCCAGCCGAGGAGCAACCUCUGCUCCCCGCUUUCUCUGGGGGCCUUCCUGUCCACCUCCCCCGGGAAGCACCCCAUGCCCACCACCCAGAGUUUCGCCUUGGACCCCAAAUAUGCCACCCCCAAGGUCAUCCAGGCCCAGGGGAAGGAGAGCGUCAAGGGCCCCUGCAUCCUGCCCAUCGUGAAGGACGGACGCAAAGUCAGCAGCACCCACUACUAUCUCCUUCCCGAGCGUCCGCCGUACCUGGACAAGUACGAGAAGUUCUUCAAGGAGGCGAAGAGCCAGGAGGACGGCGUGGCGGCGCCCAGCCGAGCGGUCACCACGGCGACGGUGCGGCCCAUGAUCCAGCAGCCGCCGGACUACAAGGCCAACUUCUCGUCCAACAACAGCAACAGCACCGUCAAGGCCACCUGCGGUCUCCAGAAGAUCAUCUACGAUAGUUCGGAGGGGCCCCGGAGUUCGGAAAAGAUACGGCUGGUCCAGGAUACUGUGCACGGUGUCACCACCGAAGAGUGUAAAGCCGCCCUACAGAAUCACAACUGGAACGUGCAAAAGGCUGUCCAGUAUCUGAAGGUGGAGCAGCUCUUUGGCCUGGGCCUGAAGACGAGGCUGGAAUGUCACAAAGUUCUGGAGAUGUUCAACUGGAACUUGGAGCAGGCCAGUUCUCACCUGCUGGACCCCUACAAUGCUUCCCAACUCAAGCGGUGAACGGCAUUCAUCUUCUCAAGCAAUUGACCCUUGGGGGGGUUGGUUGGGGGAUGCCCAGAAUUGUCUUCCCCAACCCUAUUGGACCAAGAGUCGCUUUCGAGGCCGUGGACGAUGGAUCCCAGAGAGGAGCUAGGACUGCUGUGAACAGCCAGCAGGGUCCCGUCCCCCCCCCCCCCGCCUCCCCUCUCAGCCGGGGACUGUAGCCCGCUCCCCCUCUCUUGCAGAGAGCCAGGCUCCGAGGGGGCUUGCGCCCCUCCUGCUUCGGCUCUUCCUCCUCGCUGCUGGAUUCCUUUUGUAAAGAGAAGUGUUAACAUUAAUAUAUAUAUAUAAAUACUCGG